AUGGACACGUUUUUCCGCCGGCACUUUAAGAGGAGGGACGCCGGCCCCCAGGCGGACUCGGACUGCCGACCCUGCCGGCAGCGCCGGCCCAGCGUGGCCGUGCCCACGAGCAAGGCGCGGCGGCGCUCCGGCGCCGGGCUGCCCUCCUCCACGCUGACGCGGCGCCGCCGCUCCAGCCUCCAGCUGCAGGGGGCGCUGCCGCCGAGCGUGGGCGGCGGCCGCCUGGCCCGGGCGCAGCGCCGCGGCGGGUGGGCGGGGCGCGUGCGGCGGCGCUCCAGCACCACGGCGCCCGGUCUGAACCCCCGCUUCGCCGUGAGCCGCGGCCGGCCGGGGAAGCUGCGCGGCAUCGACGCCCACCUGCUGGGCCCCUCCCUGCUGCUGGCCAGCCUGCUGCAGAUGGCCGAGGAGGAGGGGGAGGGGGAGGGGGGCGGGGCGGGGGCGGGGCUUCCCGCCGGGGAGCAGCAGGUGGAGGUCCGGCUCGGCGCCGACAGGAGGAUCUUCUCCAGCUCCAGCAGCCUCCACUCGGACGGAGACGACAGCGGCGGGUCGGACGACAGCCAAUCAGAGGGCAGCCGGCGGUCGGAGGCGGAGGAGGAGGCGGAGCUGGAGGCCCGCUGGUCCCCGCCCUCCACCCCGUCCUCCUCCUCCACCCAGGAGCUGAGGAGGCGGAGCCGGAGGGCGGCUGCCGCGCCCCGCUUCAGGGCCCCCCGCUGCCUCCGCAGGAACUCCUCCCAGGCGGCGCCCAAGAGGAGGAGGGUCUCCGCCCCCUGGCCGCCCGGCCGCAGGAGCUCCGCCCACUACCUCCACCCGCCUGCCUGCUGCAGGGGCCCCGGGGCCCUCGGCCCCCUGGGGGGCCACAGACAUGACUCCCGGCUGGACGGCUGGAGCGCCUUCCUGCUGAAAGCCAUGGCCAAGGCGGGCACGCCGCAGACCGGGACUCAGACCGGGACUCCGGAGCCGGGGGCCGGCGGGGCUCUGAAGGAGCCCAGCAGCUCAGUGGACUGGAGCGAAAACGCUCAGUUUGGAGACCACAUCUGGUUCGAGACCAGCAGCUCUGGAGACUUUUGCUACGUGGGAGAACAGCACUGCAUCGCUAAAUCUCUGCAGAAGUCUGUGGGGAGGAAGAAAUGCGGUGGCUGCAGGAUCUCCGUGCACGGCACGUGCAUGGAGCAGCUGGAGAAGAUUAAUUUCAGGUGUAAGCCGUCCUUCAGAGAACCCGGGUCCAGGGCAGUCCGAGAGUCCGCCGCGGUCCGACACCACUGGGUCCACCGGAGGAGGCAGGCGGGGAAGUGCCGGCAGUGCGGGAAGGGCUUCCAGCAGAAGUUCUCCUUCCACAGCAGAGAGAUCGUGGCCAUCAGCUGCUCCUGGUGCAAGCAGGCGUACCAUAACAAGGUGACGUGCUUCAUGCUGCAGCAGAUCGAGGAGAGCUGCUCUCUGGGGGCU